AGGUUUGUGCACUCACUACGAAAUCUCUUCGAAAUAAAAGCGAGUAGGAAAGUAAUCACUAGCGAAAAUGACGGAUUCUCAAAGCACUCAAAUGGGUCGUGGAAGACACGCUAAGCGAAACAAGAGCACCGCUUCCGUCGGCAGCAAGAAAAAUCGCACACAGUCGACUGCAUCUGGAAAAUUCCAGCCAAGCGUUGAUGGUUUCACCACGUUUAUCGUGGCAGUUUCCAGACUAGGAAAGCAAGGACAAGAGUUCACAUGGCAUGAUCUGAGAAAGGUUUACCAUAAGGAGACCCAACGUCAACUCACCGCCGAAGAGCUCAAUGCGAUCUUCUCAUCGAAGAACUUGACCAAACGAGAAAUCUUCGAGCUUCCAAAGGUCAAAAGGUUCAUGACAUCGAUGGAUGGGAGUAUGAUGUGCAGGUUUCGCCUGAUCGCCGAUCCACAGGAAGUUUACGAUGACGAUCUCCCUCCAUUGAUGUCCACAUCGGUCGAAACCGACGUUAUCACUGAAGACACGUCAUCCGAUCACUCACAAGCUGUAUCACCAUCAAGUGGGAAUCCGAUUGCGAUCUCAACAGACUGCGAUGACAAAGCAGCUGGUCCAACUUCGGAUUUAAGCAAGUCCGACAACUCUCCAUCGCAAAGGUCUCUGGCACAACAGUCUUCAAUGACUGAUGACGAAGGAUGGGUGUCUGGGAAGGAUGUUCGCUCGGAAAAUUCAUCGCCGGUUGAGGAUAAGGAUGAGGUUGACGGUUCUAAGAUGGAGAUGGAAGACGAUGUCUUUGAAGAAGAUCAGAGAAUCGCUGCUGAAAGCGAUCAGGUCGACAGUGCAAUGGUUGCUGAUGUGAUUAUUGUGGAGGAGGCAAAAGUUGAGAAGCUUUUCAAGGCUCAAGAGAUUGUGGCUCCGAUAGUGCUCACGGAAUCAAUUGAUGCCGCCUUUGAAGCAGUUAUUCAAUCAGUUUCACAUGCGGAUGCAACUCUUUCCAUGACACAAAACGCUUCCGAAGAGGCGAAAGUGCACGCGACGCCGCCGUUGCCCGCCGAAAGAAAAACUAUGGUGUCCGCAGAACUCGCCAACGGGAAACCCAUCAAGCAUCUCAUCGAGAAGUUCGAUGCCGGCGUCAACUUUGCAGAGCACAAGCCAAAAUCCAUUUAUGCGCAGGUUCUCGAAGAAAUUGGAGGCUCCGCGCCUAGAGUGGAUGAAGUGUUUUCGGCGUCAAAGAAGGAGGAACACGCGGAGACUGAAGUGACAAAUGUCAUCUUCAGAAGCACUUCUACUCACAGUAGCAUCAUUGCGAACGGGAAGGAGCAGCUGGCCGAAUUCGUCGCCGAGCAAGAAGCCAGACAAAAAGUCACUACUCCUAAUCCAGUUAAAGAGGAAACUGAGAACGCGUUCUGUGCCAAAGAACAAUCUUCAAUGUCUUCAUUGGAUCGAGAGUACUUUGCAUCCAAGACUAAAUUGAAUGAGGAUCUAUUUGCAGAGCUCGGAGUCAAAGAUACCGAUGGUUUCCAGCUCAAAACAGUCGACAGUAAUGGCAGUGGACCAGGAUCCUCGGAGAUCAUCACAGUCAUUGAGACUCCAUUGAAGGAUGAUCACCGAAAACGAGCAGAUUCCGUGGAGUUUCAGAGUGACGCAGAUGUUCCAUACUCAUUGUGCAGUGAAGAUGAAGCGGAACCGAUGACAAUGAUCGACAAGUCGAUGAAAGUAUCACAAAGUGCCGAGCAGUUGUCCCCUGUAAAAGAAGAGCAGAAGGCUAAGACUGUAGUAGUCAACGUCGAGCUGGACGGCAAUCGUGCGGAUCCCACAAUCAAAGAUCGCAUUGCAGCACUGCAGGCGAUAGUGUCAAAGCAACAUGUGCCAAUCGCAAAAGUGGACAGCGUCGACGAUGAUGUCAGGAUUCUCAGCAGAACCGAGGAGCUUCAACAUAUGGCACUGGAGGCGAAACCUUCCCCUCAAGCGCUCGGAGCACUCCGCCGCCGCCACGUUCGAUUCAUGCGAGGAUGCUGCGUUGUCCAGUAGACUUCACCUCCACAUCUCACAAUCACUCCUCACAUCCACGUGUCAUAGUGCUUAAUUGGUGCUAUUAAAUCGCCGCUGUAAAUUAUCAGUCCUCACCACACUCUAUAUUUUAUCCAGAUAACUUUCUUUUGUAUGUGUGUGUGUGUUUCGAGACAAUUAUAUUCUAAUUUCUAAUUUUAUACCCCCUCCCUUCUACCGUGUGUGGUUUUCUAGUUUACGUGUUCUCAGGGUAGCUGAGAACUUUUCCCCCAUUCAACAACUAGAACCAACACGAGUUCUAAUUUUUAUAACUCUAAAAUUCCACGCGCACAAACCAAUUUCGCCGUUGUUUCUGUUUUUGUUAAAUGAAAGAAUAUUUUGAUGA